CCAUUUUUCCAAAAAUUUCAAAACAUUUGGCGCCUGAGGAAAUCUGAUCCCAUUUUUUAUUCUAAGAUUAUUUGAUGAAACCCUAGUAGUUGUUCUUCUAGUGAAGAGAUUUCGACGGAGAAUUGGCGGAGAUGGAUAGCGACAACGAGUUUGUGCUCUUCUCAGAGCCCGAAAAGCAGCCUUCUCCGGUCCCUGAAAGAAGGCUCAAACGUCUAAGAAAAGCUACUGAGAUGUUUCCCAAAGAUUCAAUCCCCAGUCCUCCUUCUAAUGAUGCGGCUUUGGUUCAGGAGGUGAACACAUCCAUAUUUGAAAAUCUAGAUAGAGAAGAAAGGAGCGGGAAAGAUUUCGAAUUCGAGGAACUAGAUGUGAGAUCUGGGUCCCAAUUGGAGGGUUUUAAAGAUGGAAAUGAGUUGGAUUCUGGUUUUGAUAGCUUGGACAUUGAGGAAGGUGGGUCUGGCGCUAGAAGGGCUUUGGAAUUUGAUUCUUUGGCUGAAGAAUUUGAUGCGAAAGGUGGAGAUCUGACGGGUACAGAAGUGGAAGUUGAAGGGGAAAAUGGGAAAUUGGGGAUGGAGAAGGUGGAGAAAAAACGACGGAAAUUGGAUGAAAAGAAAGAGAAGAAGAAGAAGAAAAGAGUCAAGAGUUCUAGUGAUGUUUAUGAGGAGAAGCCGUAUUCUGCUGCUGCCACCAAAAGUAGGGGAGACAAGGAAAGAAGAGAUCAUCUAAAGGAACUACGUGCUGAGUCACAGAGAUUGUUGAGAGAAACUAGAAAUGCAUCAUUUAAGCCUGUUCCUCUUGUUCAAAAGUCUGUAUCUUCUGUUCUCGAGAAGAUCCGGAAAAGGAAGCUUGAGCUUUGGAAAAGAUCUGACAUUACAAAUAGAGAUUCUUUUAUUGAUGGCAAUGACAAUAUUUCAAGAGAGGCUUUGGACUUCGAUUUAGAAAAUUCUCCUAUUAAGGAUGUAGAAGAUCAUAAGGCUGAAGAAGCAAACAGUGAGGAAGCAACAAUUUGUCCUGUUGAUGUGGAAAGCAGUUUGGAUGUUAGUGCACAAGGAUCUGUGGGGACUUCAAGUGACACUCACAAAAAUGUAAUUUCUCAGAUGGCUUUGAAUGAGGAUUUAAAACAAACAAUCCGAGCUCCUGUUGAUGAUACUCAGGAUAUUAAUUUUGAUUCCCAAACAACUGAAUCUAAUGAUGAGCUGUCAGAUGAGAUUCCCAGCAGUCCGCUGAAAGAGGUUAUGGCACCUUCUUUACUUGCAAUGAACUUAAAGCUUGAUUCUGCUCCUCCUGAUGACUUUUCUUCUGAUGAAGAGGACAGUGACAAGGAGAACAUUGAUCCCUGCAUACGAGGAUCAGCUGUCUCACCUUCUUCUCCAAGAGGUGAUCCUGUGAAAGCUUUUGUUGAUGAAGAAGCUGAGGAAGAGGAUAGUGAUAAUGACAAAGCUCUUUUACAAGAUGAUGAGGAAGAUGAGGAUAACAUGGACGCUGAGGAGCUUAAUGAUAUGAUAGCAACUGAAUAUGAAGAAAAGCCUAUUGACAAUGAAAGGCGCAAUCAGCUUCAUCAGAAGUGGCUUGAGCAGCAGGAUGCUGCUGGAACAGAAAACCUUUUGCAAAGACUGAGAUGCAGUUCCAAACAGAAAGAAAUGCCCUUGGUUGAAGAGAGAGAUGAUGAGGAGAGUGAAGAGCCUGAAGAAGACUUUCUUGAUGAUCCUGCGGAAUACCUUGUUCCAAGAAAUGCUGUACGAAUGAACUUGAAGAAAGCAAAAGAAAUGAUUCCUCAAAUGUUUACAGAUAAAGAUGAUACGUAUGUUUCCUCUGAUGAUGAGGAAAUUGAAAAGAGGCUUGUUAGGCAAGGCUUCUCUCAUAAAGCUGAAGAGCAGGCUUCUUUCUUGUCACCAGCAGAGCAUGAAGGCUCCAAAGAAAUCUUUGGUCUUAUAAAAAAGUUGAAUGGUGUGCCAGACACUCGGAGGAAAGCCAAAAUAACAUCCUAUUUUCACAUGCUGUCCAUAGGAGGAAACAGGACCAUGUCAUUGAAGUCAUCUUUCCUGAGUCGGGGGUCAAGAAAUUCUGUCCCAGCAUUCCAGAAGCAUGGUCCAGGCACAGUUCGUUCUUUUGUCUUUGAAAGAGAUGACAGUAAUAGCAGGAGUGCAGUCUCAAUGUCAGAGGAUUCUUCAGAUUUGGUUCUGAGAGAGAACAGAGCAAAGAAAACUGCAUCAGCCAAGUUCAGUAAUUCACAAGUUAGAUCCAGUGCUCCAAACACACAAUCAAUGGCAGAGAAGAAUUCUGGCCCUUCACUGCAUGAGAUAUUAAGGUGCCCAUCACUGCAAUCUGGCCAUUAUAGUCGUGGUAACAAUAACAUGGUUGGCCAAGUUGAAGCCAUAUAUGCUGCUUUUAAAUUGGAUAAGAAUCUUAUAAAGAGCGAACCUGGUAUAUCUAUAAGAACAACCUAGGAUGUUAUGGGCGUUCAAUGGAUCCAAAACGCUGUUCUUGAUGUUCUUUUCAUUAGUGCAAUCUGUAAAGCUUUUUUUUAAUGUUCAGAUGCUGAACACCAAGCAAGACAUCAGUUUCCAAAUGAAGUGUGCAAUAUUUAGAUUGGUCUA